GCGCCUUCUCAGGCCUCAGUUGACCCCACGUGAUGCAGCACCCGUUCCCAGUAUCCCAAUUUUAACAGACUGACGUUUUUCCAUCGGUCGGUUGCCAUUGCCAACUUACAAACGUCAACUCUGUUGUCAAACAACCGUCAAGUGACCGUUUACCUCCUAUUUUCUGCAUCCACGUCAAAAUCAAUUUUCAACAUCAUUCUAAACUGUUCAACUUUUCCCAAAAUUUAUUAAUUACAAACUAGGGGAAUAUUGUCUCUCAGCAAAUAAGGUGAGACAAAAAAUAACAGUACUGCAUUUGCAGCGCACCUGAAGCAUUAUGGCUAGUCCCAGAACUCGUCGCGUUUUGCAAGAACUCAAGCCACACCACGAGAAUGAUAAAUGCUUUGAAUGUGGGACACACAACCCACAGUGGGUUUCAGUAACAUAUGGAAUCUGGAUCUGUCUGGAAUGCUCAGGAAAACACAGAGGCUUGGGGGUACACCUUUCCUUCGUUCGCUCAGUAACUAUGGAUAAGUGGAAGGAUAUUGAAUUAGAGAAGAUGAAAGUUGGAGGAAAUAGAAAUGCCAGAGUCUUCUUUGAAUCACAACCAGACUGGGAAGAUACAAUGUCUAUACAGCAGAAAUAUAACACUAAGGCAGCUGCACUGUAUAGAGAUAAGGUAAAGCUUAGAUCAGUGGUCGCCAAACCAUUCGGUGUGUUGAGCUAAUUUGAUAAUUUUGUUGGAAUAAACA